GCCUGGCGGUAGUGUUAGCGAGCCACUGAGGGGAAUGGACCAGGUUCCGAGCUGAUCUGCAGGACGGGGAGUUUGGCGGACUCGAACUUCGGCUCGGACUCGUCACCGUAAUGCAAUGUCGGCUCGUCUUCGCCCUCACACUGCUGCCGACAAACUGGAGAAACAUAUCCAAGAAAUGGACGACGGCAGUUACAUCGAGUUCGAUGUGCCGGAGUUCAGUAACAAUGUUCUGACUCAGCUCAAUGAGCUGCGGCUGCAAGGGAAGCUGUGUGACAUCAUCGUUCACAUCCAGGGCCAGCCAUUUCGAGCCCACAAGGCUGUGCUGGCAGCUAGUUCACCGUACUUCCGUGACCACUCAGCUCUCAGCACCAUGAGUGGCCUUUCCAUCUCGGUCAUUAAAAGCCCUGAGGUGUUUGAACAGCUUCUCGCAUUCUGCUACACAGGUCACAUGUCCCUGCAGCUUAAGGAUAUAAUCAGUUUUCUUACCGCUGCCAGCUUUCUACAGAUGCAGACCAUCAUUGACAAGUGUACCCAAAUCUUGGAGAGCAUCCACUCCAAGAUUAGCCUCCCAGUUAGUGUCUGCAGCCCAGAGAAGGAUGACUCGCAGACCAGUCGCAAUGGGGUCAAUGACAGCAACCUCUUUGUGAACCCUACCCAGAUCUCCCCCCCUUACUACUCCCGGCAGAUUCAAAUAGGGCACAGCUUGGGCCGGGGUCGGCAGCAGCAAGAGGAAGGCCAGUCGGACCGUGGAAGCAGUGAUGGUGUGUCAGAGCAUGAUACUCCCAUGGAGGGAGAAACCGAGCAAGUGGAACUGAUCGGCAAAGAUGGCCAAGUAACAGAUGUAACUGUGAAAGUAGAGAAGACAGAAAGGCCCACUUACUCUGACAGCUCCUCAGCUGGUGAUGAUGGUUACCACACAGAGUUGGUGGAUGGAGAACAGGUAUUGGCUGUUAGUGUGGGUUCCUACUGUCCUGUCAUCCAGCCUGCUACCUAUUCUUACUCAGGGCUGUCCUCAAACACGUCCCCAUGUUUUGUCAACCUCAACAGCUCUAGUCCUUCCCGCUCCAUACUCAGUGGCUUCAGAGGUGGGCGAGCCAGGGCAAAGCGUCCCCUGGCCAUCCCAGCAGGGAUACUGAGUCAUAUCAACGCAGGCUCGGAUGACAGCGAGUCAACUGUUGGAGCCACAGGGUUGGAGAAUGAUGUGCGGGAGCGCAGCUUGCGGAGCCAAUGGUACCCUUACAAUGAGAGACUCAUUUGCAUCUACUGUGGAAAGACCUUCAAUCAGAAAGGGAGCCUGGACCGCCACAUGCGCCUGCACAUGGGAAUCACUCCGUUUGUUUGCAAGUUUUGUGGCAAGAAGUACACGAGGAAAGAUCAGCUCGAGUACCACAUCCGAGGCCACACGGACAACAAGCCCUUCCACUGUCAGAUCUGUGGAAAAUGCUUCCCUUUUCAGGGCACCCUCAACCAGCACCUGCGGAAGAAGCACAUGGGCGCAUCAGAGGGCACCAAUCAUAUUGAUUCUCCAGAGAGGAAGGAGGGAAGCUCAGGCCAGAAGGACCAAGAGGAAGCGUCUGAGGGAAUGGCCUUUGAGGCACAAUAUGCAGAAGAGGCACCAGCCAAUGAUAUGGAGGAAAGCUCAAAAUGUAGUCCAGAGGAGGCUCAAUCAUCCAGAUGUGAUUUUUAGGUUCUGCUUCAGGUUAAGGAAGCUUUAAGAAGUGAUUAUUUCAACUCAAGUUAAAGGACUCUUUUUGUUUUGAAUCAGCGCCCUCUAGUAAGGACAUUUCUUGCAUUAAGGGUUUCUGACAAUUUUGUGAAAGUAAAGUUGAUGAAUGCCGAGAGGAAAUGGGUGCUUUAUAGAAAUUUGAUUCUUACAAGCAAAGGGAGUAACAACUUACUAUUUUUGAGGAGGUCCCAAUAAUCAAGACCCCCUUAUUGAUUUAUCUUUUUAUCUUUCAAUGUUUUUUUAAAACAUAUUUACAGAGUUAUAUAGGCAUGUUGCAAUAAUUGAUAAUGUGAAAGCUCUGGUAAGAUGCUUGUCAUAUCACCUUUUUACCUGACCUGUUUUUGCACAUGUGGCCACAGGAGGUCACUUACUCACAAGGAAUGAUUUUUCUGCCAGUGCAAAGCUUGUGUGACAUAUCCGUUCAAUACCUCAUGAUACAACUAUACAUACUCAUAACAGACAGUAUUUUAACUUAAAAUGAAACUCACCAGGUUCUACCUCAUAGCCAAGAACCUACCAGGCACAGAUAUUUUCUCCGUUUGAAAUCCGUUCUAGGUUGUUUGUACAGUAUCUUUUUGCCAAACCCUGUAAAGAAAAUUCACAAAGCCUUGAUACUUAACAGGAAAUAUUCCUUGCUGAUUGUAUGGAUCAGGGACAAAGUCCUUGUCAGCUGUUUCAUCGUCAGCCAGGUUAAAAUGAUGACUAAGAAGGUGCUAUGUUAGGAGUGCAUUACAUUUGCUAGCUUGUGUGUUUGUUUUUGGCAAAUGCACAGAACAGAGUAAGAGAAUGGCCCUGCAUACUUUCAAGAUAUUGUUUUGCUCUCUUAUGACGUUUGUUCUACAAAACACUUAAGGAUUUUAACUUGUAUCACUACUGGAGAUCUCAGUCUGUUGGCCAAGGUGGUUUUAGAUGCUGUCAUCCAUGUAAUGGGUGAUUAACAUCCUCACAGUGAAAACAUUUAUAUUCCUCUUAUACUCUGAUGGCAGAUUUAUACUGAACUAUUCUAUGUGUUUUGUUGUGAGGUAGGCUUUUAGGUAAAUACUCAGCAUCUAACUGAGACACAAGUACUCAUUCUGUCAACUCAGCACAGUAGGAACAGCCCUGGAUCUGUUCACAUAAAUCAAUGUAGUAUCCUAGUCUGAAUAAUAUGCAAACAGAAAGAACAAAGGAAUUUUAGCCAUUUUGACAUGGUUUUUCUCACCUUAUUUGAAAGGAUUAUGGUUUGUUUCCUUUUGUCUUUCACUCUGUCCUACCUUUUACGAUGGGACAAUCGAUCUGUGAUCUUUGUUUUCUGCAUUGGUUGGGGUCAAAUGCAGACUUGGAACAUGUUUUUCUUAUUUUAUCAAUCCUACUUUAUGGCGUUGACAUAGAUGUGACAUAGCUAGACUAAGGCUAAGAGGUAAAUGCUUU